AUGCGUGCCAAUGCAGGGUGUUCCUGCAUGAUAAGCAGUUGGAUUGUACGUAGCGAAAUGUUCCUUCUUUCGCAAUUCGGCCGCAAACCCAUGGGUAGUGACGUCGGUGAUAAAGUAGGAUGGCCGUUGGAGGAUCUCAUCCAAAUCAUGGCACUAGCUAAUCGGGGACGAAAUCAAAAAUUACCACCAGAAGUGAAUCGAAUUCUUUACGUCAAGAAUUUGCCAUAUAAAAUUACCAGCGAAGAAAUGUACGAUAUCUUUGGGAAAUUCGGUGCUGUACGUCAAAUACGAGUGGGGAAUACAGCUGAAACACGUGGAACAGCAUUUGUAGUUUAUGAAGAUAUUUUUGAUGCCAAAAAUGCUUGUGAGCAUUUAUCUGGUUUUAAUGUAUCGAAUCGAUACCUCGUGGUACUAUAUUAUCAGGCGACAAAGGCUUAUCGAAGAAUGGAUACUGAUAAGGCGAAGGAAAGACUUGAAGAAAUUAAGGAGCGAUAUAACUUAGGUGGUGAUUUGGAAAAAGAAAAGAAGGAUAAGUUGGGUUACACACCCACACCUCGAAGAUAAUCACUUGUUUUCCACUGUUUUAUCUUUGUACAGUUGUUUAUUCUGUAAUAAAAAUGUGAUCAUUCG